AGUACAGAGCUGUCGCUGGUGUUUUAACUCUCCUCUGUUGUAUUAACGCCUGUAGUGUUCAUUUGGUUCACUUCAGUAAACAGUGUGGGUGUUCUUCUUCAGGACUAGUGAUUUUGCAGUGUGACGACAUAGAAGCCGAGCGUGUGCAUCUGUGUUUACAGAAUCUGCAUAAACAGACUUCAACUUGAUGGGGUUCAGGACUGGUCAUUACUAAGAGAAAAGCUGGAUUAUCUCGAAGCUUUAAUUAAUCUCAGAAGGACUCAGGUGCUAGUAGUGAGAGUGACAGGUGAUUAACACUCAUUUAAAUGUACACCCUUUAGGCAAUCUUUUGCAAAUCAGCAAUGUUUGAUUUGAAUUGUUACUAUAUUGUUAAUGCAGGCUUAAAUGAUUUUUAUGCUUAUAUAAAUGUUGUGUUGCUGGGCUGUGCCCUACAGGUGCGCUUAUAUAUACACAUCACUGACGGGGACACAGUGGGGAGAGUGGAGCAGAGAGAUCCAGCACAUUACGCAUCUGAUUCCCCACGCACUACAGCCGGAUCGCAAGAAAAAAAAAAGAAAAGAAAAGAAAAAAAAAAAAGAAAAAAAAAAAAAGGGGCCCGAGGAGAGGCUGCUGCUUGCUGCACAUGCUUUAUUUGCUGUUACUUGUGGACUGAGUGGAUUUGUGAAUUCCGACUCGCUGAAAGUCCGGCUCAGACUGCGUCUUUUGGAUCGAGCUUUGAUUGCAAACAUGAACCAAACAGCCACCGUUUCCCAAGUGAAGUGCCAAUCCUCCAAAACCAUAAAGGACCUGGGUGGAGUGAGUCCUCCUCAGAGAAACUGGAAGGGGAUAGCCAUUGCCUUGUUGGUCAUUCUGUUGGUCUGUUCGCUCAUAACCAUGUCGGUCAUCCUCCUCACUCCAGCGGACACUCUGGCUGGCAGUGACACUAAACUGACAGUGGAGGAUCUGUUUAGUCCUGAUUUCUACGUACACGAUCCUGAGGCUCACUGGAUCAAUGAAUCUGAAGUCAUCUACAGGAACCGCCAUGGCCAUGUUAUUAGGUUCAACAUCCUUACAAAUGAAACAGAGAUCAUCCUGAUGAACAGCACAUUUGUUGCUUUUAAAGCCACUAAAUACUCAAUAAGCCCGGAUAUGAAGUAUGUGCUUUUUGCGUAUGAUGUUAAACAGGUUUACCGGCACUCCUUUACAGCUUCCUACAUCAUCUAUAAUAUUCACACCAGGGAGGUGUGGGAGUUGGACCCUCCAGAGGUGCUUAACUCCAGAUUGCAGCAUGCUGCUUGGGGAAUGCAGGGACAACAGCUGGUGUAUAUCUUUGAGAAUAAUAUAUAUUACCAGUCAGACGUGAAGAGUAACUCACUCAGGCUGACGUCAUCGGGCAAAGAGGGCGUUGUGUACAAUGGCAUUGCUGACUGGCUCUAUGAAGAGGAGAUUUUGCAUAGUCAUGUCGCUCACUGGUGGUCUCCUGAUGGUGAGCGUUUGGCGUUCCUGGUGUUGAACGACAGUCUGGUGCCCAACAUGGUUCUGCCCACCUUUACAGGGGCCACAUACCCUAAAGGAAGACAGUAUCCAUACCCUAAGGCAGGUCAGCCCAACCCCAUGGUCAAACUGUUUGUGGUGAAUCUUUAUGGACCAACACACACCCUGGAACUCACACCUCCUGAUGGUCUCAAACUCAGGGAGCACUAUGUAGUAAUGGUGAAGUGGAUCAGUAAGACUAAGACUGCAGUAAGGUGGUUGAAUCGAGCUCAGAAUAUCUCAAUUCUGACUGUGUGCGACUCUACCACUGGAGCCUGUGUCAAGAGACAUGAGGAGACAUCAGAGCUUUGGCUCUCCAAACAGGAUCAGAAGCCUUUCUUCUCACAGGAUGGCAGCCGCUUCUUCCUAACUGUUCCUGUAAAGCAGGGCGGCCGUGGAGAGUUUCAUCACAUCGCCAUGUUCACCACGCAGAUUAGGGUGGAUCAAAAUGAAGUACGUCACCUGACAUCAGGCAACUGGGAAGUGACAGAGAUUCUGGCCUACGAUGAAAAUUCCCAGACCAUAUAUUUCUUAAGCACUGAAGGAUCCUCAAGAAGACGACAGCUCUUCAGUGUGUCCACAGUUGGUCUGUUUCCACGGCGAUGUCUUACCUGUGACCUGAACAAGGCCCACUGCACUUUCUUUAGUGCUGACCUCGGUCCAACACAGCAGCAUGUUAUACUGCACUGUAAAGGACCUGGAGCCCCCACAGUGAUCGUCCACACACUCCACACAGCCAAUUAUUUUAUUCUGGAGAAUAACUCUCUCCUCAAAGCUGUUCUGAGAUACAAGAGAAUCCAGAUCACUGAGUAUAAAACCCUACAGACUGACCGCUUUGACCUGCCUCUAAAGAUUUCCUUCCCGCCAGACUUCUCUGACUCACGCCAUUAUGGACUACUGCUGAUGAUUGACAGCGUUCCCGGUGGUCAGCAGGUGGAUGACCAAUACUCAGUGGACUGGGACUCUGUACUGGUGAGCUCAGACAAUGUGAUUGUGGCUCGUCUGGAUGGCAGAGGCAGCGGCUUCCAAGGACAAAAGAUUCUCCAGGAAGUGCACAAACGUUUAGGAGUGGUGGAGCUCCAGGAUCAACUCACUGCUCUAGAAUACCUGAUGAAAUUUCCAUACAUAGAUCAGAACAGGAUAGGAGUGUUUGGCCGGGGUUAUGGAGGAUAUGUGACACUCCUGCUGGUGAAGUCCACUGAGAGUUUGUUUAAAUGUGCUGUAGCCAUGUCCCCAGUCACUGACUGGACUUUACAUGCCUCAGCAUUCUCAGAGCGCUACCUAGGAGUUCCUUUACAGGACGACAGCAGGUACCAGUCCUCCAGCGUGCUACAGAAUGUGCAGGGCUUUAGAGACCAGACUCUGAUGCUUGUACAUGGAACUGCAGAUGCAAAUAUUCACUUCCAGCACUCGGCUGAACUCAUUAAGAACCUGGUGAAGAUCGGCGCUAACUAUACAUUGCAGAUUUAUCCGGAUGAGGGUCACUUCCUGUCAGAACAAAGUCGGCAGCAUCUUUCGGCAUCUCUGAGUAGCUACUUCCGAUCCUGCCUGAAGGAGGACAUCUUCCCACUCAGUGAUGAGGAAGAAGAAGAGGAGGAGUAGGCUGAAGAGUAUAUAAACAGCAAGACCUUUGCACACACACACACACACACACACACACACACACACAAACACACACACACACACAUUCAUCCAUACAGACCUGUGUAACACACAGUCACACAAACCAUUGCUUCCUGUAGGAUCCCAGCUUACAGAGGCCUGCAGCUCUAAAAGGAAAUAUUCUUAGAUUUUAGAUAAGAAGGAGGGUGUGUGUGUGUGUGUGUGUGUGUGUGUGUGUGUGUGUGUGUGUGUGUGUGUGUGUGAGAGAGAGAGAGAGAGUGAGUGAGUGAUUAGAUAUGUAUAUAUGCAUGUGGGUUUACGUGUUGAUGUUUAGACAAUGUGGAUGUUGAGAUAUGGGCCCAAAAGGUGUGUAGAUGUUUUUUUUUGUUUGUGUGUGUGUGUGUGUGUGUGUGUGUGUGUGUGUGUAUACUUGCUGAUGAUGGACAUUUGUAACUGGAAAUGAACUUGGUUGUUACAACAACCGAAUCUUUCACAUAUCAGAAAUCACUGCUAUUUUAAGCCGGAUGCUUCAUGCGCUGACCAAUCACAGCACAGAAUUUUCAAUUGAAUCCUGAUUUGAACAAUCACAGUGCAGAUUGUCUGUUUGCGUGGACCUGAUCCAGUCACACAGCUGCAUGUUUGUGUUUGUUUUUUUCUUCAAAUCUGCGGUAGACACCGGGACAAAAGUGUAGUACUUGGUUACCGCACAAGAAAAUGCUCACUGUUUCCAUGGUAACAACCUUCACCAAGAAGAAGUGGUGUUUCCAUCAACAAGCUCUAAGCCACACUGAGAGGUUUAAGCGACAAGGUUGACUCUUCCGUGCACACACACACACACACACACACACACACACACACACACACACACACACACGCAGGACUUUACUGAAUGCUGUAAAAAUCAGACACCCUGUCCACACACAGAACUGCGUCCAACAGGUGAACACAUUUAUUUCAGUUGGACAUGUUUCUGGAUCAAUAUUUCUUUAUUGUAACUCAAACAACAUCAAUUUCAACUAAUAACUGCUAUCUGAUGUGAUCACUGUAAGUCUACUACUCCUAUUCCUGAGUCACUUACAAAUUCCCUGCAGAUAAAUGUCGCCAUGUCCGCAGUUUUCCCACAGAAGUGGAUUACUUUUAACCAGAGGGUUUGGAGUUGGUCGUUUUACAUCUCCAGAUUCAAAUUAAAUACAAAAUUUUAUGCUUUACAAAUCCUACACCAGACUGACCUCCAAAUCAUCACAAACGCACAUGACCAUGGAAACACCCAACAUACUCCUGAACUCCUUAUGCACUAGCUGCCACAGAGGUGGCUCCUGGUCCCAUUCAUAAAAUAAGCUCUGUACAUUUUUGUAUGCAGUAUGUUGAUGAUAUGUAAUAACGUGAAAUGUUUUGAUAAUCUAUAAAUACUGCUUUAAAUACUGCUUUGUUUAAAUGUAUUGCAUGGAAUUACUAAAAUAUUAUAUUACAAUGGGUUAUGGUCGUCAUGAGUGGACGUUAAAAGCAAUGUGUAGUGUCUGGAAAGGGCGGAUUUUCAGCUUUUGUAUUGUUUCUGGGCUAGUUUUAUUUACCACAGACUUGGCAACCCUGCUCCAGACACGUAAGUUGCUUCUAGAACAGAAAAUGAAUGUGUAGAUAUACAUUUCAGUUCAUAAAAUGUAUCACUCAAUCAAUCAAUCAAUCAACUCAUUCAUUCAUUCAUUCAUUCACCAAGGUCACUACUUUAUCUUGGUUAGGGUGGGAAUAUACCCUGUAUAGGCAGCCAGUCUUUUUCAGGGCAUCAUGCACACACACGUUCAAACAGUCACUCAUACCUAAUGAGCUGUGUGGCAUAACCUAGUCACCUAUGGCAUGUUUAUUGGGAAUCCUUUCAAUCCAGGAUUGAAGACGGGACCCUUGAGCUGUGAGGUAGCAUUACUAUCAUUACACUGAUGACAUCAGAUAGCAUUGAUCAGUUACAUGUAAUAUUAUUCAAGUAACAACAAAAAAAGAUUGUUCAUUCAGGAACAUGUACGACUUGAACAAAACACAUUCACAUGCUGGAUACCAGUUUUCAGUUAUCACUAAAUCACUUUGGAGCAUUUUGCAUUAUUUUAUUAAUGUAUUUAAACUGCAAGUGUGUUACAGAUUUGUCAGAGUAAAGAGCAGUUUGCACAAUUAUGUAUGUCACAGAUAAUAAAAGAGAAGCAGGCAACAGAUCACACAUGGAGACUGCAAGAGCUUUAGAGCAACAGUAGUGCUUCAGAGUGAAAAGACUUUCUGGAUAGUUGUCAUUAGUCUAGCUUAUAGGGUUAUAGCACAGAAGUGUACACAGCAUGCCGAGGGAUUGUUUUCUUUGUAAUCCUUAGAUGUAAAUGAUUAAGGUGACAGGAGCACAUUAAAAGACUGAACGAGAGCAUCAUGCGGAUAGCACUGCAUGAUAUACCGGAAGCUUCUGUAGCUUUUGUGCAAAUGAAAAACUGAAACCUGUUCAAACACAACUCAGUGACUUAUUAUACAAAACAUGAGCUGAAUGUGGAAACUGUGUAAGAAUAUUCCGUACCAUAUUACCAUGUUUAAAUCCUUAGUGCAGUCAUUAAAGUCAUAGUGUGGACAGGCCCUGUGUAAGGGUGCAUGUGUGUGUAUAUAGUAGACUCCAGAGAUGGCGAUGUGAUUUGUACAGAAAAGUGUAUCAGUACAUACAUACAGUAUAUUUUUGCGAUUAUCAGAUAUCAUAGUAGUUUAGCCAGCAGGGUGGAUAUUGUCAUCAGUACAUAUCUGUGUUGAUUUGAUUGUUUAUCUCUUUUGUAAUUCAAAUUUACUGUUUUUUCUGCUUUAUUUUUGUUUGGUUGGUUGGGAUCAGGGCAAUGAGAAGGAAGGGAGGUUGGAGGUUUGGGCAUUUCUGUCCUCGAGUAAUGACUAUAAAUAAACAGCUCAUCCAAACUGA